AGGAGACCACAGGCUGUGACCGAGAACAGACACCGAAGACUCAGAGCCAGGGACGGUGAAGAAACUGACUCAUGGAGGCCAGCACAGCGCCCAGGACCAGAUGCCUGUUGGAUGAAAACACCUUCACUGAGAACUUCAUGAAUCAGAUAACGACUCGUAAGACCUACCUGUGCCACAAGGUGGAGAUCCUGGAUGGUGACGCUUGGGUCCCUCUGGACGAGUACAAGGGCUUCGUGCACAACAAGGGUGCUAACCAACCAGGGCAGCCCCGCCAUGCGGAGCUCUACUUCCUGGACCGGAUCCGUUCUUGGAAUCUGGACCGGGGGCUGCACUACAGGCUCACCUGUUUCAUCUCCUGGACCCCCUGUCAUACCUGUGCCCAGAACCUGGCUACAUUCCUGGGGGAGAACAGCCACGUGAGCCUGCGCAUCUUCGCCUCCCGCAUCUAUAGCCGCUCCGGUUAUGAGGCUGGGCUGCGCACACUGCAGGCGGCUGGGGCCCAAAUCGCCAUCAUGACCUCUAAGGAGUUUAAGCACUGCUGGGAAACCUUUGUGGACCACCAGGGAAGACCCUUUCAGCCCUGGGAUGGGCUGGAAGUAGAGAGUCAACGUCUAUGUACGCAGCUGCAGGCGAUUCUCCAGACGCAGCAAAACUGAAGGAUGGAUGUCAACCUCUCUAAAGAAGUCAGGAGACCUCUGCUGAACAGCAGAAAAAAACAGCUGCUUUUGAGAAAUAUAAACAUGCCAUUUGCUACCCUCUCCAGAUUGAUCCAAAGAAACCAGUGAAAGGCAAAUGGCUCAUAAGAAAUAGUUUUUAAAAAAACAAUCUGGGUAGAUUUACUUUUCAU